CCUUGGUGCAUUGGGCUGCUCUUGGGUCUAGCCCAGAAGAGAGAUUGGAGCCCAUCGCCAAGCAGAGGGCUUCACAAGGGCACUAUAUAAAUACCCCAGUAUCCGGCUUCUAGGGUUUCUCGCGGUUCAUCGACGGCAGCGGCGGAGCAAUGGCGAGGAUUAAGGUUCACGAACUGCGACAGAAGUCGAAGACGGAGCUUUUGAACCAGCUCAAUGAUCUGAAGGCAGAACUUGCUCUUCUCCGUGUGGCCAAGGUUACUGGUGGAGCCCCAAACAAGCUCUCCAAGAUCAAAGUGGUGAGGCUUUCGAUCGCCCAAGUUCUGACGGUGAUAUCGCAGAAGCAGAAGGCGGCGCUGAGGGAGGCUUACAGGAAGAAGAAGUUCAUCCCGCUUGAUCUUAGGCCGAAGAAAACCCGCGCGAUAAGGCGCAAGCUUACCAAACACCAGGCGUCAUUGAAGACUGAACGGCAGAAGAAAAAGGAGAUGUAUUUUCCGUUGAGGAAAUAUGCUAUCAAAGCUUAGGAGCAGCCUGGAACUUUGUUCUCAUGUGAAGUGGGUGUUAUUGAUUUGAUUCGGCUCAAGAAACACUUAUUUAGCAGGAGCUUGCAUUUCAUUCGUGCUCUGCACAUCAAUCUUUUUUCAAGGUACUUUUUGUGAACUAUAAUUACUAGUUUAUGGUUAAGACCAAUGAAUUUGAGACUUGAGAUUUGAAUUUAUACUAUUGAGGAUAAUUUGCUAUGGAAUUUCUUUUUUGUGCCAA